AUGCACUUUUUCAAUUUCUGGAACAAUAAUAUUCAAUAUAAUUCCAAUAUACUGGAUGACUUACCCAAUGUAUUGGAUGGUUUGCCGAUUUUUAUUGUUCAGCGUAUGUUAUAUGAUAUACCAAUUGACAAAGUAGUUUCUUUCACAUUAUCAAACAACCCAUUACUAAAAAUAAGUGCAUAUUCUGUACUUUUCGAUACAGUUGAAAUCAUUGGUGAAAGAUUAUCAUCAAAAUAUGUGACAGUCAUAAGAAGUCAAUGUCUCCCACAAUUAAAACAGCAUUUAGUUUUACAAAUUAAUAAUGCUUCAUUAUUCAGAAACGAAUUGAGAUGGUAUACAAAGCAGUUGAUUGUGUAUACUACAAUAGAAUCAAAUUUAUUGAGCAAAGCUAAGUUCAGACUUCCUACAGUGUUUGAAUCUUUACAGCAAACGACUCUAUUGAUAUUUUUUGAAACUAGAUGCCCAAAUGAGAUUUCUAUUGUUGAAUUCGAUGUUACAGAUACCAUGAAAUAUUACAACUUGAAUUCACUUGAUCUUUCCAGCAAUUGUCUAAAUAUGCUCACUGAUUUGAACAAUUUGUGCAAUUUGGUUGACUUAAAUUUGUCCAAUAAUCAAUUCAGCAUCUUUCCUGAUUUAGAGCCAUGUCUCAAUUUGUUGAAUCUUGAUUUAUCAUUCAAUAAAUUAAGUGUUUUUUCAAACGUUUGUUUAUACAAUUUGAAAUCAUUGUUAUUGACAUACAAAAACAUUAACAGAAUUGAUAAUUCCAAUACACUCCCAAAGUUAUUAAAACUUGAUUUAGAGAAUAAUAAACUAUCCAGUACUGAUAACUUGGAGCAGUUUCCUUUAUCAAGUUGGUUGAAUAUUCAAAGAAAUAUCAUAUCUAUUUUCCAAAAUUUGACCAAUCUAAAAAAAUUAACUGUAUUUACUGUUGAUAUUAAAGAUUUCAAAAUUCCAGAACAGUGGGGUAAUUUGAAAUUUGUAAGAAUUCAUUGUGAUGAACCUAUCCAAAGUUUAGAUUUGACGAAUUUGUCAAAAAUAAAAACGUUGUAUCUAUGGGGCAAUCACAUUAAAAAAACAAUAAAAACACAAGCGUUGAAAUCGUCAGCUGAUACAGAUCAUAAUCUAAGUAGACCCUCCGAAACUAAUAAUUCCAAUCAAAUUAGUAAGGUAUUAAGCUUGAAAUCACUAAAGAAGCUAAAUUUAGAAUCGAAUCAAAUAAAAAAAAUUGAAAAUUUAAAUAAUCAACAUAAUUUAGAAGUGUUAAACCUUUUAUGUAACCAAAUUUUUAAACUAGAAAGCUUAUCUGGGUUAACAAAUUUGAAAAGACUAGAUUUAUUGGAAGACUGUCCAAAAUUCGAAUUUCGGAAUAAUGCAUCUAACCGAGAAACUACCGAAAAACCUGAAAAACCUGAAAAACCUGAAAAACCUGAUAAUAUGAGAAAAUCUGUGUACUAUGAAAAUAGAAUCACAUAUUCCGAGGGCUUAAAAAACCUUCCAAAGAGAUGCCAAAAAAUUGAUGAAGCUCCAAAUGUUAAUAAAUUUUCGGUCAACAGUUUAUCAAUUCUCGAAGCUUUGUGUGAACCAUGAAAUUUACAAUCUCUUUCCCUUUUUAAUCUGUUAUAUUUUUAGUCUGUUAUUGUGUUNGCGAGAUAUUCCAUCUUCAAAGCCUGGAUUCUUCUAUUUAUUUAUUUUUAGUCAUUUUUAUCAAAUGCAAUUCUAAUCUUCAAGUGGCAAACCCGAUCCAACUCUAUCCAAUUCUAGAAGUGG